AUGAGCAAUAAUGCAUAAUUGUUACCAUCUGAAUGGGAGUAUCCAGAGUAAAAUCCAGAUUAUAAAGGAAAUGAUUUAGAUAGGAGAUUAGAAUAGGGUCCAAUAGAAGAUAGAGGAUGUACAGAUUGUAUAUGGUGCAUUCUAUAUUUAAUAAUGUGGGGAGGUUUAAUUACAAUAGGAAUAAUUGCAUUGUCUAAUGGUUCACCUGAGACUUUAUUUUUACCUUACAAUAGUGUAUUUAUAUAUAAAUAAUGAAAGGAUGGUCAAUAAUGUGGGGUUAGUGAAAAUUUUGAAAGUUGUCCAUACUCAUAUUUAAUGAACACCACAUAAAUUGAUGAUACUUAAAAUGGAAAUUUUUAAUUUUAUUGUGUAGUAAGCUGUCCAUCAACUGUGAAUGAAUAAGUUAAUUAUUGCACAGUAAAUGGUAUUGAAACAUUAGAUACAUUAUAUGGAACAUACGAUUGUAAAUAUUAAUAUAUGAUAUUAUAUUAGAUAUGUCUGUAUGUUCUCCAUAUAAAAGUGAUCCUUAUUGGGAUUUAACAAAAGAUUUCUUUAGUUUUACAGCAAGUGAAGCAGAUUUCUAAGAUAUUGGAAAGACAUGGGCAAUUUCAUUAUUUGUUUGUGUCAUAACCUUGAUUUUAGCGUAAAUAUAAAAAUAAUGAAAUUAGUAAUUUCAUAAUGUUUUUGGUGAAGAAGUGUGCAUCAUGUUUAGUUUGGGGUGUGCUUAUUUUAUACUUUUCUUUAUUAAUUUUAUUUGGUUUUUUGUUUUAUUAUAGUGGUAAAGGAGAUUUUUCAAAUGCACAUUUUGGAAAUAGUUAUGGAUGGUGUUUAACAAUAGCAAUAAUAUUUUGGAGUAUUGCAGGGUAAAAAUAUUGAAUAAUUUUAGAAUUUCAUUUUUAAUGUUGGGAUGCUAUUAUAAAAGGAUUUAUUUAGCUAUAGCUGUAAUAAAGGCAGCAGCAGAUUUUACUAGAGAUGUGUGGUAGGUAGUAAUAGUACCAUUAAGCAUAUUUGGAGUAAUGAUAGCAUUCUUAAUAUUUUGGAUAUAUAGUACAACUUAUUUAAUGUCAUAUGGAUCUCCAGAAUAUAAUAAAACUCCAUUUCCUGAAAUUGAUCUUAAUUCUGGAGUAAUAGGAAUGAUUAUUGGUAAUUCAAUAGCAUUUUAUUGGAAUUGUUAAUUUGCAAUGGCAUUUAGUUAGUAUGUAGUAGCUAGUUGCUGUUGUAUGUGGUAUUUCCAUCAUAUGGGAGUUAAUUUACAUCGUCCAGUAUUCAAAAGUAUAAAAAGAGGAUUGAUGCAUCAUAGUGGAUCUUUAGCUUUGGGAUCUUUGAUUUUAACAUUUGUGGCUGUAUUAAGAUUUACCUUUGAUUUGUUACAUGUAUAAUAAUAAUGAUAUAAGUUAGAAAAUAUUUAAAUAAGGAGUUCAAUAGAAUAAGGGAGCUACUGGAUGUUUGAAAUGUUGGUUUGGAUAUUAUGGAUGUAUAAUACAUUGUUUUGAGAGAUUUAUAAGAUUUAUUACUUAAAAUGCAUAUAUAAUGGUUGCAAUGACAGGAAAAUCAUUUUGUAAAUCAGCUCAUGAUGGUUAUUAUUUAAUAUUUCGACAUAAAACUGCUGUUGCAAUUACAGAUGGUAUUGGUGAAAUAUUUAGUACAUUGGCUAAUUUAUCAAUUGGGAUAACAGCAACAUUUAUUGGAUUUAUAAUGAUCACUUAGAUUGAUCAUUAUUCAAAUCAAAUUUCAUCUCCUGUAUUACCAACAGUAUUCUUUGCCUUUAUCUCAUUAACAUUAUCAAGUAUUUUUAUGAAUGUUUAUGGAAUGGGAAUUGAUACAAUAUUAUUAUGCUAUAUGGCAGAUAGAGAAUUAUUCUCUACAGCAAAAUCAGUUCCAUAAUCUCUAUAAGAGUUUUUAGAUAAGUAUUAAAAAUGA